AUGGACGACUCGUUCGCGUCCGCGCGCGGCGAGCUGGAGGACGACGGCGACGGCGACGACGAUCGCGCGCGCGUCGACGGCGCGCGACGGCGCGUCGACGGCGCGCGCGCGUCGGGACGCGAGGGCGAUGAUUUCGGCGACGACGACGACGAGGACGACGAGGACGACGACGACGACGUCGGCGCGCUGCUGGCGUCGACGACGCGGUCGCUGACUGAAAAACUGCGGCAGACGUGCGACGCGCUGCGCGAGAGCGAGCGUCGACGGACGCGAGGGGAAGAGGACGCGGCGGCGGCGAGGCGAGCGACGCGCGACGCGUCGGACGCGCUCGAGCGCGAGCGCGAGGCGCGGCUCGACGCGGAGCGGCGCGCGAGGGACGCCGAGCGAGCGUUGGAUGAGACGAGGACGCGUGGGGCGGGAGACGUGGAGUCGCUGCGAAGGGAGCUCAGGGAGGCGAGGACGGCGGGGACGAAUCGCGCCGAGGCGGACGCGCGCGCGUACGACGUCGCCGAGGCGCGAGCGGUGGCGAGCGUGGCGGUGGCGGACUUAGAGCGCGCGCGUCGCGAGUUCGCGAAGGAGUGGAGGACGCGGGAGAUGGAGUACGAGGCGACGGUGCGCGAUUUAGAGCGUCGGGUGUCGAGCUUGAACGCGCGACUGGCGGCGACGAGCGACGACGUCGAGCGCGCGCUCGAACGCGCGUCGGCGAGACGGCACUCGACGCCGUCGCCGACGAUGAAAUCGCCGCCGUCGAAGAUGGCGUCGCCGCAAAGCGUCGACGUGGGUGAACUUCGAGAGCGACUGAGUGAGGAACAGGAGAGCCGAGUCGCGACGCACGCCAAGAUUUUGGAUUUAUGUCGCGGUAGACGCGAGAUGGCGCGCGAGAUUUUAGAUUUGUCGUCGUGCGACGUCGGUCGGGGCGAAGCAGAGAACACCCACACGGCGCUCGCGCGCGCGAGGGCUCACCGCGCCGAGGCGGAAGCGCUCGCCGCCGCGCUCGCCGAACGCGUCGACGUCCUCGAGCGCGCUCGCGUCGUCGAUCUUCGCGACCUCGCCGCCGCGACGGCGUCGCUCGCGUCGCCGAUCGCGUGA